AUGUCCAAAUCACCAAUCACAUGCCACGUUCUCGAUUCGACCCUCGGAAAACCUGCCGCAAACGUCCGAGUCCAACUGGAAGCCCUCUCUCCUCAAAACUCACAAUUCCGUGUUCUAGCAACGGGUGCAACCAACAGCGACGGAAGAUGUGCUGAUCUCAUCGCAGAUCAAGACACAAAAAAGGUGCUGGUAGCAAAGGGAGUGUACAGGAUGACUUUCUUCACCGGAGAGUAUUUUGAUAAGGCCGGGAGAGCGACUUUCUAUCCUCAGGUUGAGAUUCUUUUCCAGCUCUCAGACAGCCCAGAUCCGCACUAUCACAUUCCGUUGUUGCUUUCACCUUUCUCUUACACCACUUAUCGCGGCUCUUAG